GGCAGCGGCUGGCGCAGCCACCACGGCGUAGAGCGGGCGGGAGGGGAGCGGCGGGGCCGGCACGGGCACAGCGGCGGCGGCGCCAUGAGGCCCGGGCAGGGGCACCGAGAGUUUUGCCCCUCUGAGCAGGAAGCAGCCGUGGUGCACAGGUGGGGCCGUGCCCUGCACCUCCUGCACAAACACUGAGAGAGCAGAGCGGGCUCCUGCCAGCUGCAGCCAGCCCUCUGCUCCCCUGUCUUGAGUUUAAAUGAGGACUGCAAAGACAAAGCCUGGUGCUUGUGUGAGCAAAGAGCCGUUUGGGGGAUAAGGGUGAGCACUUGAGCCUUAUUGUGGGCAGGGAAAUGGGGGUGUUUGCUGACUGGCCCAUGGCCCCCACUUCCAUUCUGAUUCGGAUGCAGGGAAGUCCUCAGCUUCUGCCUGGAGCCAGUAAUUCCUGCAUCCUUUGACUUUAAAUCGUUCACAAUCGUUCACUACUGGGCUGAGCAUUUGUGAAUGAAUGUGGAGGAAAAUCGAUGCAGGGGAAGGGCAGAGCAGGAAGGGGAGGCAGCUCUUCCCAAGGCAUUUUCCUGGGAAAAUUCCCGGCGUUUCCCUGCUGGAUCCCAGAUUUUCUGUCGGUAUUUAAAUUUAGACAUGGAUUCUUUUGGAACGAGACACUUUUACCAUGCAUUCCAGAAGCCUUCUGUGUAAUGUAAUCCCAGGCAGGUUGGGUGCUCUGCUGCUCUGAUCUGUGCUUAGAUCCCUUUGCAAGACCCCACGCUGCUGUUUCUCCUCCUGCUCCCCCCAGUAUUUUCUAGAAAUUUGUUUCUGAAGCCUUUUGCACCUUCCUGUCCCUUGUUUCUAUUUAACAAGGUGCUAUUUUUAGAGCUGUUAGUCGUGAAAAUAACCUGAAUGUUUCUAAAAUGCAAAUUCCAUUUCUUUGAUGGCUCCCAUUAGCACUGGGUGUUUAAAUGCUCUGGAAAUAGAAUGUGUUUUUAAAAUCAGUCUGAAUGAUGAUACAGUUUAAUAUUUCUGAUGUCUGUUUUUUCACAUUUGCCACUCAUUUCCAGCACAUCUCAGCUUAAUAGUUCCGGGCAUCAUCUUGCUUAUGGCUCAUCAAUUGGUGAAGUUGCAGGUGAAGGACAAAAAAGACUCCUCCUGCGGUGACAGGUGCUAUUAUACACUUCAACCGCUUCCAGUUAAGUCAAGACGGAACAAAUUAGGGUUUUCCAUACUUCCACCUAGUGUGCAUGGGGGAAAUUGCACCUGUGGUUAAAUCCCAGCAGUUCCACCUUACAGAGAUCCUUCGUUUAUUGGGCUCUGCGAAUCAGUUGGUGCCGAAGGAGCGUGCAGGGCUGACAGGUUCGAGCUCCAGGUAUUGAUGCCUUGCUGCCUUUGUGAUGUCCAUUAAAUGGCGAUGCACAGGUUUAAGAAAAAUCACCUUUCACUGCACAGUGUUCAGAUCCUGCUUCGGUAUGUUCUGCUCUAUUUACUUGUCAUCCCGUGCUGGAGCUUGGGCGGCGUGAUUUAUGACUGAUUGCUGCUGAAAUAAAAUUAAAGUGGCUGUUCAGUUAUUUAAGAGCCAAUUAAGUUGGGUUUUAUUCUGAUGUAACGUUUCCAACAAAAGCGCAUAAAAGCCAGCAGGCAGGGGGGGGAGCUGGGCCAUUUAUUUCCUGCCCUUUGGUAACUUUCAGAGGCAGAGAGGCAUUCCCCUGGCAGUGUGUUAUCCCAGCUGUGGCUGCGUUGCCCCAUGGGAUGGGUGCCUCUGCUGAUGGUGUGCUGUGGGAUCCCUGGCCCUGGGCUGCUGUGGGGUUCUGCUUUUCCUAUGUCUGACCAUUAAAAUGCAUCUCUCGCUGGUGAAAUGACAGCGGCAAUCCCAGCUUUACUUUGGCACUGUAACACUGUAGAUAUCUCCUGUGGGUUAGGGAGGCGCAGGCUGAGAUUAUUUCAAUAUUAAGGGUCUGGUUUGCUGUAUUUUUUAUUAAAAAUAUAUCAGAUAUUGAUGCAGAUAUAAUUUUAUUUCUGCUAACCAGACAAGCCUGCACUCGUCAGCUCGCAGAUUGCAGCGUCUGUCUCUGUCAGGAUCACAGAUAGGGAGGAAAUGAUUUAUUCGAGUUUCCAGGGAUUAGAUAAAACCCUACCUGGUUGUGUGCAGAUGGUGCCCAAAGGAUAAUGCACAGCUCAGAUAUUUGUGUAAAGCACCGUGCCUUUGUACCAGCACCCACAUGUUCAAUGCAGCAGUAAUAGGGAGGUUUCCACUGCUAUUGUACUAGCCUGUUUUAUCCAGGGGAUUGAAUUAAUUGCCGAGGGCAGAGCAAAUUGGUCCUUCAGCCACCCAAACGUGUCGAGACGGGCAUUAGCCAGGUGCAGCCCUUGGUGCAGAUCCCACACAAACACAGUGCAGAAGCAGCCCUGUUCCUUCCUUCUCCUUGUAGGGGUGCUGGGUGCCCUGCUGCUUCAGUGCCCCUUUGGUGUUCCACGUGUUUCUCGUGCCCCCCCCAUCUCCAGCUGAGUGCUCCAGGGGCUGUGGAGCAUUGCUUGGUUGAUCCUGGAGAAUGCUUCGUGCCUCGGGGUGACAGUUAUUAGGGUGAUGCAGAGCAGGAGUGUGAGAACCCUUGGGUUUUGGGUGGGAGUUGGAGAUGGUUGUGGGUGUUUUGGGGGGGUACCUUCGCCUCUUUAUAAAACGCUCUAGCAGUAUGUGGUAAGGCCAACCCUGGCAGUGGCACUAAUUCUCAAUAAAUGUUUACUAAACAUCGUUAAUGGAUUUAAAAUGUUUUUAGGAAUACUUAUUAGCCCUUCAGACUGGCUCGGUGAAGGGAGCCUGUCUCCAUGGGGGGCUGCCAUUUUAAUGCUUCCCAGCAGGAGGUCUAUUUGGAUGAUGCAAAUUAGGUUGGAAAAAGUAGGCUAAGCCAUUAAAAGUAUGAGAGAUCAUGAAAUUUAACAUUUUUAAGGUGACUUGUUCUUCUAAUUAUUAACAUUCUUGCUACCAUCCUUUAAGUAUGCCACUUUAUUUUCCUUAAUUCUCACAUCCUUGCCUUACUGCUGACAACCUCAGUGCUGUUUGCUCUUGCAGCCACUCCUCAAAAUGGAAGCUGUAGUCCAUUUGCUGUUUUAUCACCAACAAGGUGCUUGGAAAUACCACCACGUGCUGCGUUUAGUUGUAUAAUUAGAAAUGCAGAUACAGACCUUUUUGUUGUGUCGUGCUUCAUUUUUUUUUUUUUCAUUCUGUUAACAUUAAUGGGAACUGAAGGUUAAACUUCUCUUAUGUAAACUCUGGAUGUUUGCAGGAUGCUUAUUGGCAAGGUGAUUCAUUCCGGCAGUCAGAAAGGGACGUGCCUGCAGAUGGGUGAAGGUGGGACCAGCUGUGGUCACCAGGAUGAGCUUAGGGCCUCCACUGUCAUUCAGAGCAAGGAUCAGAGAAGGGAACAUCUCCCUGGGACUUGUGGCAUCCCAGUUGGUGCUUUCACACCUUGUUGUGCUCCCAAGAGCCUCCUGCCCACAUCUGACCCCUGACGUGCAGGAUGUGUGUCUGGGACCAUGUGGUGUGCUGCUGUGGUGUGCACUGAUGCUGUAAGGUCAGAGUUUACAGCCAUCCAGCCAAAGGUUGUGCAUGCAGAGCUCAGGAAGGCACCAGCAGCCAUUCCCACCUCACACAGCAAUGAGGUCUCUGAAAGCUGUGGGGGAUCCCAAAGCCUGCAGGGCGGGCGGGUGCCAGGCAGUGCUAACAGAGGGCCUUUAGUAGAGCAGGGGCAAACUGCUGGCAGUGGGCUGACAUGGAGCUGUGGCACACGCUGAGACCCCAGCUGCCCUUCCUCUGCAGCUCCAGUCCUGCAGCACUGCUGCAACCCAUCCUCAUCCUUCUCUGCAUCUGGCCCUGUGGGCAGCCAGAGGGGCAGCGCUCCUGGUGCCUGCCAGCUCACGAGUUUCAUUUAAUCCUAUUAAUUUUUAAUAGAAAAUUAAUAUUAAACUAGCAUAUUUCCAGCCUUUGUGGAGAUUAGACUCCCAAUUUGUGUUUGCUUUGGAGAAGAGCACUGAGUCCUGCAGGCCCUGGGGAUGUCUGGCUGCAGGGCUGUCAUCUCCAGCAGGCAGAUAGCAGUGCCCAGCCCUCCUUUAACAAUCUCCAGCAGAUGGGUUUCAGACAUGCAUCCUUAAACCUACUAUUCUGCAGGAGGAUGUUGUUGGAUAAACGUAGUGAGCUGAGGAUUUCCAGCUCAAGGUGUGGAAUGGGUGUGUUGGUUAGCACAGAGCUGACCUGGCUGAUGUCUAGAAGAAAAGGCUUAGAGUUGAAUAGCAAUUUGAUGAGGACUUUGGUACAUAAUAGUUAAAGGGACUUAGGGUUUCUCUUAAUAAGGAAAGCAUGCUUUCCAUUGCCAUGUUGUCUGGAAGGUGAUACGGCAGGGUUGCAGGAGGGAUGUAGCCUUCAAAACAGUAAAUGUGAAGGAGGAAGGCCUGCUGGGCAAGCUGAUGCUAUCUUUCUCAUUAAGAGAGGUUCUGGGAAAGUAAGCUGCAUUCCUCUGCUUUUGCAACCCUUUUCAAUUGUUUUUUUUUUCCUCCCAACCUUAGCCUGAUAUGAUCUUAUAAGUAGUCGUUGCAUCACACUUGCUUUAUUCUCUACUGGGAAGUGAGAUAAUUGCUGUACGCUUUUUAAUGGUAGCAUUUGGAAAGCCUGGUAACUCUGAAACGCAGAUGAGCAGAGCAACAGCUAUUGCAAUGCUUGUCUGUCUUGGAGCUUCCCUGGGCCCUGGUGGGCAGGAGGGGAGGAGGAGGAGGAGGAAGAGGCAUGACCAGCAGCAACAGCCACAGCAUCAUGGGGCCUUGGGCUCUAUGGUAGAAGUAAAGCUGGCAGGCGUAAUGUGCCAUGCGCUCAGGUACCUCUCAUCUGUGGGAAUAUUCAGCCAGACUUUCCUUAUGAAGUAGUAUUAUAUGCUAUUAAUUAUUCAUUGCCAGUUUAAUUCUUCUUUCUUGCAUAUUUAAUUGCAAUAGCGUGCUGCAUGUCACAGUGAUUUCCCAGAAGAACAGUUCACCAAAGGAAAGCCGUUCAGGUAUAUAGUCUUAAAUGAAAUGUGUCCGAGCUCAUUUUGUUGUUUCAUUUCGGAGCAGAAUAGGAUAUUGUCAGAUGUUUCUUACGGGGAAGCAAUCACACAAAAUCAGGAUUUCGCUUAAUCUUUUCAGUGAAAUCCUUGGAGCUGAAAUAGCUGCUUUGGUUUUUGCUGGCGACGCUGGCAUUGUCUCGCUUGUUUGAUGAGAAGAAAUGCUUAAUGGGAGGGAGGGUGUGAUUUCUGUUUCCUUCUCUGAUGUGGGGGGGGGGCAAUAUUGAGGACUUCGGGAGCGCCAAUCGAUUCCUUUCAGAAGAUGAAGGAGGGGAAUAAGAUUUUUAUUGAGUUUUUUUUCCAGCUAUCAGAGAGCAGUGCUGCGUGAUGAAGAAUUGCGGCGGCUGUGUGUGAGAUCAGGACAGGCUUUGGUGCUGGACGUGAGAAAACACCGGGGAGAUGGGAAUUGCAGCUGCGUUCCCUGUGUGUGCUUUGCAUUGUCAUCGCGGAGCUGCUGGGUGCUGUGUGCAGAGGAGUGAAUGGCCCAUGUUGUGUUAGUGCCUGUCUGCCAUGCUGGCCUGUCUGCCAGGACCAGGUGACCUCUCCUUUCAGCUUCUUUCUUACACGCAGAUGAACACUGGACUUCAGAAAUGGGACACUACACAGAAAAUGAGAUCUGCACAGUAUCCUACCCCAGCAGAAUUGGAUGCCUAUGCUAAGAAGGUCGCCAACAAUCCCCUGACUAUCAAAAUCUUUCCAAACAGUGUCAAGGUUCCCCAGCGGAAACACAUACGCCGUACUGUGAACGGACUCGAUACUUCGGGCCAGAGGUACAGUCCUUACCCAUCUCAGGCCACCACGAAAACCGGCCUCCUGGCCAUCGUCAAGUCUCCAGCGAAAGGAAUUAUCAAGGACUUUGACGGGACGCGCACACGCCUGCUGCCGGAAGCGAUGAUGAAUCCCCCUUCCACCCCGUACGUUGCACCGAGCACUUUAACCCACCCCCAGGCGCUUGCUCGCCAGCAGGCUCUCCAGCAUGCACAGACUUUGCCGCACCCCCAGAGCAUCCCGCAGCCGCAGACUUUGCAGCACCCUCAGGGUAUACCGCAGCCGCAAAGCUUACCGCACCCUCAGGGGAUUCCGCAGGCGCUGCCGCACCCUCAGACCAUGCAGCAGCCGCAGGGCUUGCAGCAUCCUCAGACCAUGGCACACCAGGCGCUGCAGCCCCCCCCGAACCCUUUGCUGCAGCCGGGUUUACAUGGGAGCAGAAAGAUGCCGGAUGCGGACGCGCCGCCGAAUGUGACCGUGUCUACCUCAACCAUUCCCCUCUCUAUGGCUGCCACCCUGCAGCAGAACCAGCCACCGGACCUGAGCAGCAUUGUGCACCAGAUUAACCAGUUCUGCCAGGCCAGAGCUGGCAUUAGCACUACCUCAGUGUGUGAGGGACAGAUUGCAAACCCCAGCCCCAUAAGUCGUAACCUGCUUAUCAAUGCAAGUACCAGGGUCUCUACUCACAACGUCCCUACGCCCAUGCCUUCCUGUGUAGUGAACCCUGUCGAUCAUGCUGCUGCUGCUAUUCCUUCUGCCUCUGUUAACGUGCCCAUGGUGAAUAUUAACAGGGUGCCGCCCGCCUACCAGAACGAAAUCAAAUCGGUGGCGUGGAACCAGCACCAGCUCGCUCAUCUGCAGCAGAUGUGUGGGGAUGCCGCCGGGCCCGCGGCGCUGGCAGGGAAGCACGCUGCGAGAGAGAUGGCGGGGCAGAGCUUCCCCGGCAAAACCUCCAGCUACCCUCAAGAACUGUGCAUGGGCCAGUCCUUCGGCUUGAAGCCCCCCAUCGAGAAGCCCACGCCCUCCCCGCCCGUCAACGGCUUGCAGGGACCCUUGCCAUACACCAACGGGCACUAUUUCCAGCCCAUGUGGAAUAACAUUCUGCCCACGCCCAACAGCGACAGCUCUGGGUCCCAGGACCUCGCCAUGCCUUUCCACGGGGGACAGCCGGCCGGGGCAGCGCUAGAUUGUGCAGGAGGACCUCAUUACAGAGCCGGGGCCGGCCCGGCCAGCCAGAAUAACGUGAUGCAGACCGUGGAUUACCUAAGCGGGGACUUCCAGCAGCCUUGCUUCAGAGAGCAGAGCAUGGCCGUGCUGGGGAAAGUCCAUCGGCCUCCCAUGAACCGAGCGCCCGAACCGAGCGAUAGUCGAAAUCUUCAUAUUCAGCACCCAGGGUAUAGAUAGGCUGCAGUCACUUUCACAGACAAAAUUAGAGGUUUAGUCUUAAUUUUAACGAAGAAGCAAGGCAUUUUUAACUUGCAAACUUGCGUGAUCAUUAUAGUAACCGUCAGAAGAAGACAUACUGUAUAUUUAAAAGCUUUGCUUACGUGUUUUCUCUCUCUCUCUCUCUCUCUCUCUCUCUCUCCUUUAUGCAUCAAAUAUUUAACAUGCCUUUUGUUUCCAAGAAUUUCAUUACACUACUCCACACCGCCGCUGUCUCCUCACCGCAGUGUCCCCAUGGUGCAGCUCCUGCUCAGUACCCGCCUGCCGGACCCAGGGUGAGUUGCUGCAGGGCUUCACAGCUGCAUCUGCUGGCCAGCGAGGUAGCGUAGCUGCUUACAUUUCCAUCUCAGUUUCCUCCCAAAGAGCAGCAGGAUGUGUCAGGAAGCUGGGCUUCGCAACUCCAAAGCCCCGCUUCGUUAACGCAUUAAACACGGACCAUUUGCACUGUCCAGAGGCCUGUUUCAUUGGGAAAGAAGCCUGCACAGAGCUAGCUUGGAGGGGUGUCGAGGCUUUGCCAUAGGAAGCAGCUUUUUGGCCGUUGCUCGGGCUCAGCGUGCAGUCAGCAGGACAGGGCAAGGUGCUCUGGGUGCUGCCUGCCUGCCCCGCACCGCCCUUUGCUCACCAGCUCUGAGCCCCUGGCUGCUCUCAGGCCUGGUUGGCCACAGGGAGGGCCCCCACGGGGCAGCACGGGUAGUAGGACAGUUCUCUCUGGGGCUGAGCAGCUCUGAUGCUCCUUUCCCAGGGUCUCGGUGCCUCCCCCCUCCGUCCCUCCCCGCUGUGACACUAACCACAAACCUCUGCUUCCCAGCACCCCUAGCCCUUCCUAGAGCCAAAUCUGUUGUAAGCAGAAACCCUCUCCCUUUUAACUAAUACUUGAACAUAAUGAUCACCACCAAGUUUGGAAAUUAAAAACAGACGAAAAACAAAACGCAUCCAUUCUUUAUAUGUACACUGGCUGGAAAAAAAAAAAAAACAAAAAAAAAGAAAGAAAGGAAGGAAGAAAGGAAACUCCUGCUCUACACUGUAAGCUGUAAGUGUAACGUUUCUGUAUGAAUGUGGCCCGGUAGCGUGGGUCUGAGUAGCGUUGUGCGUGGGUCAGCCUCCCUCACAGCCCCUGGGAAACGAAGCCUUAAGUAUCUCACUCCUCCAUGAGCGCGGUGUAGGAUCCUGCCGGGACAUCCCAUGGCACUGAGAAGGAACGGGAGAAAUACAACCGACCUUAACGAGCUCUGAAGUGGCGGCGCAGUUGGCUGGAGGUCCUGGAAAGGGGAGAAAAAAAAAACCACAUUAGGAAGGAAAAGAAACCCGUUUCUUGGCGUUGUUGUGAUCCAGGGGUGCAGCCCUGGGCUGUAAGGGAUGUUGGGGGCUCAGAGCUUUAGCACGGUGCGUUUCCCAGCUCCUCACAUACGGUGGUGCACUUCUGUCCUCCCCUCGGUCUCCGUGUGCCAUUCUCCAGCCGUGGCUCGUUAGCAAAGUUCAUCAGUUGGCCCGCAGACGGAUUCAGCGACGUGUCGGUUUGUGUCGCCUCCGAGUCGGGAAGGAAGAAAACAUGCCUGAUUGUGUUAUGCCAAACGAUAGCAACAUGAAGUCCUAAUUUAUUGUUCAUUAAUCGUAUUCCUGCAGUCUUUGUGAAUGGUAAAUAUACAUCUAUGAAAGAACUGAGGUGCCGAGGCUUUUCGUGCAGUGUUUCUCUCACCACCCGACGUUGGGAGGCUCAGUUCAGGCUGAGGCUGCGCCCCGAACGCCUUUCUGCUCAAUAAAACCAUGGCGUCUCCUCAUCCCGCUGCACUUUGAGCCCAGGGGGUGCCGGCGGUGGUGGUGGCUCCUGGCAGGGGGGCGGAAGGGCCUGGCAGCCCACCCAGCCCCGUGCUGGGGGUGGGAACGGAAGGGGUGCGCAGCAUUGGGUGCAGGGGGCAGAUGAGGGGAGAGCCAGAAAGGGGACUUACAGCAUGCGGAGAGCCAACAGGUGGGAACCGAGGGGGGGAUUUCCCCCCUCGUUGACGAUGCCGUCUCUGCGAUGUGGUUGAGCACCUCUGCAAGAAGGGAGAGCGGGACGAUGGGCUCCGAACAGCGCCCGCUGGGAUCAACGCCUUCCAUUUCCCAGCCUUCCCCCAUCCGUCUCAGUGCUCCUCCGGGGCCGCGUGGCGACCAACUGCAUAACGCAGCAUUUCACCUCAUUCACUGAAGCCGAUUUCGAGGCGGUUUGGGGCCGAGCCGUGAUUUCCAUGGGGGUGGAUGGCCGCCGUCCCGACGUGUGCCGAAUCCAAAGCCGCGUCCCACCGACCGCCCGCGGAAGGAGGAGGUCCCGGGGAGGGCGGACACCCACCGGGCUUCGAAUAAAGGCCGUGAAAAGCG